AACUAAUCACUGCGUGGCAGCCUUUCCCUGCCCGCUUGUGUGGGGAACAAGAUACGCAACAUCUGGACUAAAAGGGAAUCACAUCAGUUUGGUUUUGACGUGGCCUAUUUAAAAGUUCGAGUUUUGACCGUUAUUAAGCGUUAUGUGUGCUACUUCGAUUUAAUUGGAGUGGCUUUCCUUUUGAAACGUUAAGCUUGUAGGCUACUGUGUGCAAUGUGACAUAAAGUGAUUUGACACAUUGCAACAUUUCUUCAAAUGGACCAAUCCGUCGCAAUUCAAGAGACCCUGGCGAAAGAAGAGAAUUGCCUCAUAGCAGUGCAAUGUAUGGUCGAUUUGGGAGAAGUCAGAGAGAGCCGCCUCCUUGGUUUGGUGGAGUGUGCCAAGGAACAUGCGCUGUUUAUUUACACUCACAGACGGAUGGCCAUCACCGCCGAUGAUGUCUCCUUGGAAGACAUUUUCCCCGUCUCCCGCCACUUUGAAGUGGUAGAAGUAUCUUCACCCGAUGAGCUGGCUAUUGUGGGUGCAGACAUCAGGAUAAGGGUGAGCUUCCAGCAGGAAGUGCUGGCACUCUCCCUUCCUUUUGGCUCCCAUUCCCGCUUCUUCCUCAGGGAACUGAACAAGGCCUGGAGUGAUGUUUGCAAGUCCUCAUCACAUGUCCCAAAGUUUGAAUGGCUCCACAAGCACAGCAAAACCACUGGAGGACAGGCAGUCAUCAAAAAGUCCCAUGUCCCCCUCGGAGUUAGGAUGUCUCUACUCCAGCAGAAAACAGGAAAAGCGUUGAGGCCAGAGAAGAAAGGAUCGGCGGAGGAGGGGCUGCGGUCACCGGUGGAACUAGAGAGGUCCAGAGGCCCGCCCAUCCCCGAGAGCGAGGGUGGAGCGGGCCGGGAGGGUCGGGAUGACAUGGUGCGCUCUUCCUCCCACACCCCGGCCAAUAAGGCCCAAAUGCUGGCCAUGCCCAAGUUCGGCCUGCGGGACAACCUCAUCCGCUGUGAGCUGCUGAAGAGCGAGGACCAGUACACGCACCUCCAGAACUUCAGUUUCUUCCUGGCCACCUACAAUGUGAACGGCCAGCCCCCAAAGGAGAGCCUGGCUCCCUGGCUGAGCUGUUCCACCAGCCCCCCGGAUGUGUACUGCGUGGGGUUCCAGGAGCUGGACCUGAGCAAGGAGGCGUUCUUCUUCAACGACACUCCCCGGGAGCCAGAGUGGACGCGGGCCGUGUCCGAGGCACUGCACCCCGACGCCAAGUAUGCUUUAGUGAAGCUGGUGCGGCUGGUGGGCAUCAUGCUCCUGGUCUACGUGAAGCGGGAACACGCUGAAUUCCUCUCCGAGGUGGAGGCCGAGACGGUGGGCACCGGCAUCAUGGGCCGCAUGGGAAACAAAGGUGCCGUGGCUAUCCGUUUCCACUUCCACAACUCUGAUGUGUGUGUGGUGAACUCUCACCUGGCCGCUCAUAUUGAGGAGUAUGAGAGGCGUAACCAGGACUACCGCGACAUCUGCAGCCGCCUGCAGUUCAGACUGCUAGACCUCAGCCGCCCUCCACUCAACAUCAUGAAGCACAAUGUGGUGCUGUGGGUGGGAGACCUCAACUACAGGAUCAGUGAUCUGGACGUGGACCAGGUCAAGGAGCUGAUCACCAAGAACGACUAUGAAACCCUCCACAACUAUGACCAGCUGAAGCGACAGCUGGAUGAGGAGGCGGUGUUUGAGGGCUUUAUCGAGGGAGAGAUCCAGUUCCAGCCCACCUACAAGUACGACACAGGCUCCAACGACUGGGACACCAGUGAGAAAUGUCGGGCCCCUGCAUGGUGUGACCGGAUCCUGUGGCGAGGGAAGAACAUCACGCAGUCCAGUUACCAGAGUCACAUGACCCUGAAGACCAGCGACCACAAACCAGUCAGCUCACUGCUUCAGAUUGGGAUCAAGGUAGUGAACGAAGAGGCCUACAAGAAGAAGUUUGAAGAAAUCGUGCGUACGAUAGACAAGAUGGAGAACGAGUGUAUUCCAUCUGUGACGCUGUCUAGGAGAGAGCUCCACUUCCAGGACGUGAAGUACAUGGAGCACCACACGGAGAGCCUGACGCUGUACAACGACGGCCAGGUGCCCUGCCAGUUUGAGUUCAUCAAGAAGCUGGACGAGCCCACCUACAGCAAGCCCUGGCUCACCGCCAACCCCCCCAAGGGUUUCCUGGCACAGGGAGCUGAGGUGGACAUCGACCUGGAGGUGUUUGUGAACCGCGCCACGGCCCCGGACCUCAACCUGGGCCUCCAGCAGAUCGAGGACAUCCUUGUGCUGCACCUGGAGCGCGGCAAGGACUACUUCCUCUCCGUGUCAGGGAACUACCUGUCCAGCUGCUACGGGACCCCCAUCACCACGCUGUGCCAGCUGAGGGAACCCAUCCGAGACAUGCCGCUGCCCACGGUCCGAGCUCUGUCAAAGGGUGGGGAGAAUCCCGAGGUGGGGGAAAAGCCACUGGGCAUCCCUAAAGAGAUUUGGAUGAUGGUGGACCACUUAUUUCGCAACGCAAUCAAACAGGAGGAUCUGUUCCAACAACCCGGCCUCCGCAGUGAGUUCCAGGAGAUCAGGGAUUACCUGGACACAGGUGUACCAGACUCACUCCCUGGCAGUAACCACUCUGUGGCUGAGGCCCUGCUCCUCUUCCUGGAGUCCCUCCCAGAACCUGUGGUGCCCUAUUCCUUAUACCAGCAGUGUCUGGACUGCUGCUCCAGCCCCAUGCUCUGCAAGAAGGUAAUUUCCAAACUACCUCAGUGCCAUAAAAACGUGUUUGACUAUCUUGCUGCCUUUCUCCGUGAGCUGCUGAAGAACUCCGAACACAACCAUCUGGACGUCAAUAUAUUAGGUGAGAACGGGAGGAACAGCACAGCAGCUGGCCAGAAUCUGUACUCUCUGUACCGUCUUUUUUGCGAACGUCUGCAGUUUCGCACAGCCAAGAGAAGCUAUUUAAGUUAGAGCUGGUGUUUCACC